AUGGACUUGGUCUGGAACUCCAUUGAGCGGUCCCUGGGCAUGUCUGAAGGAGAGCACGCGUCCGGCGAGGUGUACGAGGAAGAGCGCGAUGCUCUUCUUCGCCGCGCCUCGGACGCCAUCAAGGCUGUGCAACGCGAAUAUGCAGGCAAAACGACCAUUGCAACCGACAAAGACAGCCAGGUGACGUGCCUGUGUGCCCAGUUGGAGGCGAUCCUGUGUCAUGGCCUCAAGACCAGCCGCAAGCGCAACGUGGAAUUCACGUAUUGGCCGUUUGUGCGCGCGUUCCUGCCGCAAUCGGAGGUGAAGGAGAUCGAGCUUCUGUCUAACAUCACCACCAACAGCGGUCGUGGGCGCGCGUGGUUGCGGUCCGCACUCAACGACCAGACCCUCAAGCCGUAUCUCGACAAGUUUGCUCAGCAGCCUGACGUCGCAAGGAACUUCUAUGAAGGGCACGCGUUUGUGCUGGACGAGGAAAAGCUGAACAUGCUUGCAAUGCUGCUGCAAGGUCUUGAGACGCACUUCAUGCUUGAGCUUGACACGGCGACGAUUGACGCCCCGCGCAUGACACCAAGCAGCACCGCCGCCAGCAAGCAGAAGAAGCACCAGCAGGAGCAGGCGCAGCUAGAUACCACGCCGGCCGCCCAGGAUCCGCCGUCGUUUUCGUCGUCCACAACAGCCGUCGCGCCAACCGUCGUCCUCAAGACCAAGAAGAAGAAGAAGAAGAAAAAGUCGAAAAAGGCCAAGGCAUCUGAGGACAGCAGUGCAGUGACGACCGCAACAGCAACGCCGGAGCCAGCGGCUACCGCGCCCCAACCACCCCAACAGGCCGACCCCACUACAUCGCAAGAGCCGAUUGCGCAACAUGACGACAUUUUUGCUGGACAGGAUGAGUUUCUGCCUGGCGACAACGAGCCCGUCCGCAAGUCAACGACGCCAGACCUCUCUGGUCUCUCCCUCGAGGAAAUCAUGAAGCAGCAGACAACGAGUAGUGUUGCUGCAGACACCCCAACACCAACAGCAGCAGCGACAACAGCGGCCGAAGACGGCAACCCUGGUGAUGGUGAUGCUUCGACGGCACAAGACAAUCACGGCACCAGACGCGAUGGCGACAGCACGGCCAUGGUUGGCUCACCUCCAUUCCAGACAGCAGCAACGACGACGACACACGACAACCACCAGCACGAGCAGCAUCAGUAUGGUGAGGGUGAUGGUGGUGAAGAGACGGCACAAGCACAAGACACUGGUGCUGACAGCAGCAACAACAACAAAGCGAACGAACUGCGACAGGAAGCCGGGGCCACCUCGCCACCAGGGUUGGGUGCGAAUGGGGGCGUGGCGCCAAACGCUGACGAAGUUGCGCAAUUGCGAGGAACCAUCGUCACUGUCAUGCAAGCAAAGGAGGAGCUUGAGGCGAGCAACGCGGCGCUGUUGCGGAAACUGGCGGAGAUGGAGGAGAAGAUGGACGAAUUGGAGCGCCAACGUGCCGAUGAACGGCUGGCCUUUGAGCUGAAGCAGCAGUUGAUUGAUGCAGAGUCACAGUCGUUCUCGUCCGCGCGCGGAUAUGACGACGACUACAACGGCGGCGGUGGCGGCGCUGUUGACGAGGAAGAUGCAGUCGACCACGACGACACACACGCACACGCCGGUGGGGAGCAGGGCCGUGGUCGUGAUGCAAGGAGGAGUCGGGAGGACCAAGCGGACGCCGGCGCCGGCGCCCGUGAUGAUGACGACGAUAAUGCCGAUGAUGAUAAUGACGAUGACGAGGAUGGCGACCUUGGAGGAUACGAGAGCAUCGAGCAGAUGCAGCUCAUGCACGAAAAGACCGUGCUGCAGUUGACGCAGAUGCACAGCGAGUUGCUGGAGUUCAACGAACACUUGCAGCAACAACUUCGCGAGCGGGAGAAGCAGGUUGUGCAGCUGGGUGGCCAGGUCCCAGAGCAGUCGCCACGGUUCAUUCCAAGCAGCGCACACCCGUCAUCGUCAUCGCUGGCAUUAUCAUCGUCAGCUACUGUUACGCAGAGCACCACCACGAUGACCACCACGACGGCAACGAGACCCACGCGUGCCCUCUCAGACAAGGAGAAGGAGCGUGUGCGCGUGCCUGCAGGCAUCGGCAUCCAGAUUCCCGGAUCGAAUGUCCAGAUUCACCUGUGGAUGCCCAGUGCGCGUGUGCGCGGGAAGGGAUCGAGCUCCUACUACGUCUACCAGAUUUGCGUGAAGGUGUGCAAUGAAAAGUGGAAUGUCUUCCGCCGCUACACCCAUUUCUACGAUUUGCACAGGCAAGUACAGCACAUCUUCCCCGAGGCGAAUCUGCGCCUUCCACAGAAGAAAUCGCUUGUGCGCAAAGGACCAAAGUUCAUUGAGCAGCGCCGCCUGGGCCUCGAGCAGUACAUGCGGGACGUUGUCAGCCUGUGCGUGACGCAGCCACGCUCCCCUCUGCUGAAGGAUCCGUCCAAGCGCUCUCUGUGCGAGGCGCUGCCGUUCCUCAAGGAGCGAAUGGGCAGGAAAUCAAACCGCAAUUCUGAGACAUCGUACUCGGGGCUGUGA